AUGGAUGUCAAGUCGGCGUUCUUGAAUGGCGAUCUCAAGGAAGAGGUGUACGUGGAGCAGCCGGCCGGUUUCAUCAGCACGGGCAAUGAGCACAAGGUGUUCAAGCUGAAGAAGGCACUCUACGGCUUACAUCAGGCGCCUAGGGCCUGGAACGCAAAGCUGGACGAAACGCUGCUGUCGUUCAAAUUCAGGAAGAGUCCGUCAGAACAUGUCAUCUACACCAAGCGGAACGGGGAGGCGCAGCUGGUGGUCGGGGUGUACGUCGAUGACCUGGUGAUCAUCGGCGCCAGCUGCGACGACAUCAAGCAGUUCAAAAAAGAGAUGGCUGACGCAUUCAAGAUGAGCGACCUCGGCCUGCUUCACUACUAUCUUGGCAUAGAAGUCAGGCAGAGCGCGAGGGGCACCUCGAUUAGCCAAGGAGCCUAUGCCGCCAAGAUUCUGGAGAGGAGCGGGAUGGCAGGGUGCAAUCCCUGUCAAGUACCAAUGGCAACACGUCUGAAACUGAGCAAGAGGAGCACGGAGCCGCUGGUGGAUGCAACAGCAUACAGAAGCAUCGUGGGGAGUCUCAGGUACCUGGUCAAUACUCGUCCAGAUUUGGCAUUUGCUGUUGGCUAUGUGAGUCGUUUUCUAGAGGAGCCACGAAAGGAUCACUUGACUGCUGUGAAGCAAAUUCUCCACUAUGUGGCGGGAACCAAGAGCUGGGGUCUCAAGUAUGAAAGAAAGGAGGAGCAAGUCCAGCUGACAGGGUUCAGCGAUAGUGACUUCACUGGUGAUGUUGAUGCUCGGAAGAGCACAACUGGAGUUAUUUUCUUCUUGGCCAACAGCCCAAUUACUUGGCAGUCGAUGAAACAGAAGGUGGUGGCUCAGUCUAGCUGCGAGGGAGAGUACAUUGUGGCCGCCAAUGUUGCCUGCCAGGGUGUGUGGCUCGCUCGGGUGUUAGCAGAGGUGCAUGGCUCAGCACCAAGCGUGCCGAUGUUGAUGGUGGACAACAAGUCUGCCAUAGCGUUGAUCAAGAACCCAGUUCUCCAUGGACAUAGCAAACACAUUGAAGUGAAGUAUCAUCUUGUUCGAGAAUCCGCAGAAAAGGGUCAGAUCAACGUGGAUUUCAUCAGGAGUGAAGAACAGUUAGGAGAUGUUCUGACAAAGCCACUCGGAAAAGUCAAGUUCCAUGAGUUUCGCGCUAAGAUUGGCCUUGUUGAUGUUCGUGGAAAGUACAGCAAGGCUCAGGAGGAGAUUGUUGUGAGCGGGAGCCUUGCACGUGGCCCCUCGCAUAACGGCAUAGUGCGGUUAUGCGAGAAGUGCGUUGACGUGAACACGUCAACGCACAAAGCAGUAAUGCGGAAUUUUUUUCUGCAUGAUGCGCGUUACUAG